AUGAGCAAACCGUCGGAGUAUGGAGUAGGCAAGGUCUCAGUUGACGGCGAGGAGUUCGCCAAAAGGACCGCGGCUCGGCUGGAGAAGAUACAAUCGCAGCUCGAGACAUCGCCGCGGGCGUCGCGUCUCAAGGGGAAAGUAUGUGUGAUCACUGGUGUAGGGUCUAUGCUGGGCAUUGGGCGUGCGGCGGCGCUACAAUUCGCCCAUGAAGGUGCAGCACACUUAUACCUGAUGGACUUCGACGGAACGAACUUGCCAAACCUGAAGUCAACGAUUGAGCAGAAAUAUCCUGACGUCAAGGUAACGAUCAUGACUGCAGACGCUGCAGACGAAGACAAUAUUACUGGGAUCUGUGGGCGAGCGGUGCGGGAAGAAGGUCGACUAGAUGUGUUCUUUGCCAAUGCAGGUAUCAAUAGCAAAGAAUCUUUGCAUAACAUUACUGCCGACGCGUUCAUGAAGAUGAUGAGGGUCAACGUUCUAUCCUGUUUCCUGGCCGUCAAGCACGCUUCAGAGGCUAUGUUGAAACCUAAUUCAUCGCGCGGCAAGGAAUACAGCGGAGGAAGUAUUAUCCUCACUGCGUCCGUCGCGGGCUUACGUUCUGGUGCUGGGCCGCUUGACUAUAGCGCUGCUAAAGCUGCCGUGAACAACAUGGCACAAACAGCUGUGUACCAGUUACAGAAGACAGGCAUCCGCGUCAAUUCGAUCUGCCCUGGGCUCAUCGAGACGGGUAUGACCACCGCAGUUUUCCAGUACGCACGGUCUAGGGGUACGGGAGGUAAAAUCGGCCAGCUGAAUCCUCUUGGCCGAUUUGGUGUCGCUCAAGAAAUUGCGAACGUCGCGACGUUCCUUGCCUCGGACGAGUCAAGCUACGUGAAUGGCCAGAAUAUCGCUGUUGACGGUGGCUUGUCCGCUUCGGUGCCCGUUGUUCCUGGGAGAUGGAUGUGA